AUGAAGAUCAAAACGCUCUAUGGCAAAACUGUAGUUGUAAAGUAUGAUUGCCAAGAGUUCCAAGAGUCGACCGUCCUGGAUCUGAAAAAGUCCAUAGAAGAGAAGGAAGGAACCCCUACAGGGCCCACGCCUGCCUCAGCCUCACACCUCAGCCUCACCUCAGCCUCUCCUCACCUCACCCUCACCUCACCCUCACCUCAGCCUCACCUCACCUCAGCCUCACCUCAGCCUCCCCUCAGCCUCACCUCAGCCUCACCUCAGCCUCACCUCACCUCAGCCUCACCUCAGCCUCAGCCUCUCCUCAGCCUCACCUCAGCCUCACCUCAGCCUCACCUCAGCCUCACCUCACCUCAGCCUCACCUCAGCCUCACCUCAGCCUCACCUCACCUCAGCCUCACCUCACCUCAGCCUCCCCUCAGCCUCACCUCAGCCUCUCCUCACCUCACCCUCACCUCACCCUCACCUCAGCCUCACCUCAGCCUCCCCUCAGCCUCACCUCACCCUCCCCUCAGCCUCAACUCAGCCUCACCCUCAUCUCACCCUCACCUCACCCUACCCUCAGCCUCACCUGAGCCUCCCCUCAGCCUCACCUCACCUCAGCCUCCCCUCAGCCUCACCUCACCCUCUCCUCAGCCUCCCCUCAGCCUCCCCUCAGCUUCAUCUACUCCCUUCCAGCCGCGUAUCAGCCGGCUCCACUGCACGGCUCCACUGCACGGCUCCACUGCACGGCUCCACUGCACGGCUCCACUGCACGGCUCCACUGCACGGCUCCACUGCACGGCUCCACUGCACGGCCCCUCUGCACGGCCCCACUGCACGGCCCCUCUGCACGGCCCCUCUGCACGGCCCCUCUGCACGGCUCCACUGCACAGCGCUCUGUCAACCUUUUGUUCCCCGCUGGUGCUGGGGGGUCUGGUGUCAGUCUAA